AAAAAACUUGAAAAGCUUUAACUUACGAGCUGUUACCUUAACAAAUCAGAACUCUAAUUAAGAGACAGCUUAUUGUACAAAUCAAAGAAUUCCAUUCAAAAAGGGACUCUCUUUUUUUAUGUUUUCAAAUUAUUUUUCUUUUAUAUAUCUACACACAAAAACACAAGUAACAGAAAAUUUAGAGUUUUGCCUCAAAUUCUACUUCUUUACCUCAUUCGGAUUUGAAUCCAAUCUGCAACUGCUAAGAUCUUAAAACAGGAAACAGAACACACACACACAAAUCCUAUCACUACCCAUUUCCCCUUUCUCGGGAAAUUCAUCGUUUUUAUUCUUAAUCUUUUUUUUGAGUUUUGCCGUUUUCAUUUUUGAAAUUGAUCACGACAUUUCUCAUUUUUCUUUGCGUUCGACUCAUUUUCUUCAUUUUAGAACCCAGAUUUCAAUUGGGUUUCUCGUGAUUUACUUGUUCAUAAACUUCCCUUUUGCCUGAUCUUGCUUUGAAUAUCAAGAAUCUAUUCAGGUCCUGCCUUCCUACCUCGGAGGUCUCUAUCUGUUUUGCAGAGAAGUAUCGGCUCAGGACGUUUAAGUAAGCAACUAACAGCUCUCACAUGUUAUAUUGCUGCUUAUAUUCAUUGUGAAUAUAAAGCCAGUCGAUUGUAAAUAGAAUGGGAAUCUUUUCACGAAGCAUGGUUAGUAGAAAACCAAAUGAGACAAUGAGGCUUAUUGUAACAACUUUUCUUGGAGUAGCUUUUGGCUUCUUGAUAGGAAUAUCUUUUCCAGCAUUGUCAUUGAGUAAGCUUAAUAUCUCAUCCAGCCUUCUUCCUUCUGUCGAUAUCUCAUACAUUAAUGAAAAAACAUUUGGCUAUACUUGGUCGUCAAGGAAGAAUAACAGCACAACUGGAGCGCCAAAUUCAAAUGAUACAUCAAAGAUUUGGGCCCCUUUAAAUCCACGUGGUGCUGAAAGACUUCCACCAGGAAUUAUUGAAGCUGAGUCAGAUUAUUAUUUGCGCAGGUUAUGGGGCAACCCCAAUGAGGAUUUGAUCAGCAAACCAAAAUAUCUCGUGACCUUCACUGUUGGCUAUGAUCAAAGAAAAAAUAUUGAUGCAAAUGUUAAAAAGUUUUCAGAGAACUUCACAGUCCUUCUAUUCCAUUAUGAUGGACGGGUGAGUGAGUGGGACGAAUUUGAGUGGUCCAAGCGGGCUAUUCAUGUGAGUGCUAGGAAGCAGACUAAAUGGUGGUAUGCAAAACGUUUUCUACAUCCUGAUAUCAUUGCACCAUAUGACUACAUAUUCAUAUGGGAUGAAGACCUGGGAGUUGAGCACUUUAAUGCUGAAGAAUAUUUAAAAAUUGUGAAGAAGCAUGGCUUGGAAAUUUCACAGCCUGGUUUGGAACCUAACAAAGGGUUAACUUGGCAGAUGACAAAGAGAAGAGGUGAUCGUGAAGUUCACAAAAUAACAGAAGAGAAACCAGGCUGGUGCACUGAUCCCCAUCUGCCACCCUGUGCAGCGUUUAUUGAGAUCAUGGCUCCUGUCUUUUCACGAGAUGCAUGGCGCUGUGUGUGGCAUAUGCUUCAGAAUGACUUGGUCCAUGGAUGGGGUCUUGACUUUGCUCUUAGAAAAUGUGUAGAGCCUGCCCAUGAGAAGAUAGGAGUUGUGGAUUCUCAAUGGAUUGUUCAUCAAACUGUUCCCUCGCUGGGGAACCAGGGUGAAUCACAAAAUGGGAAGGCGCCAUGGCAAGGGGUGAGGGAGAGGUGCAGGAAGGAAUGGACUAUGUUCCAAAACCGGAUGACAUACGCAGAAAAUGCAUAUUUUAGGGCAAUGGCGAUUGAGUCUUCCAAUUCCACAGCUCAUUAGAGAAGGACAGUAAUCAUAGGAGCUGAUGUACACUACCGUGAUGACAGCACAGCUCAAGGCUUCACAUACUUUUUGUAGCAUCUGUUAUUGUAAUCCUAACAGUUAUUUAUUACUACUAAUGAUAAAUUUUCACCUCUGAGUCUGAACCAUAAUGCAUCUUAAAACCCAUGUAGAGUUCUCAACAGGGAGGGGUAUAAAUAAAUCCCUUUGUAAAAUCAUUUAAUCUUUUUGCUA